AUGUCUGCGCUGAUUCUUGAACAUAUUCUGGACCGGCCUUGCCUCCAAACACUACAGGGUCUUGAGAUGACGCAGAUUUAUCUUCAGCUCACCUCGCGCUAUACACUUGCAUCUCAUAUCAGCGGUGUUGCAACGAGGCUUGCUCAGAAUUUGGGCCUUCACCGACACUCGAACCGCUUCAAGUUCGAUCCCUUGGAAACUGAACUUCGACGGCGUGUGUGGUGGUGCCAAUAUACCCUUGAUGUAAUGUCCAGUGCUCAUCACGGAAUCCCGCGCCUAAUCCGUGACCAGGAUGUUGACACAGACUUGCCCACUCGAGUUGAUCACGACCUAUUGUCAAGGUCUCAUGUAUCUUUCCCUCUCCCAGGGGAAGCCACACAAGUUGAUAGUGCCAUUCUUCUCUUCAAACUCGCUCGCAUCAUAGGUGAUACUCUUGAGAAACUCUACAGCACUACUCGGCGGCGUGGUGGUGUGGCCAAAAUAACUAGACUGCAAGCUGAGCUUGACGCCUGGGAGCACUCUCUACCAAGUGAAUCGGAUGCUGAAAUGGCUGAGCCGGGGACUGGCGAUGCAAAGAAUGAUACUCAGGCACUUGCCAUUUCCUCCUUUUGCCUUGCUUUCCUCAGAGCUACACUCUGCGUGGCAACAGCACACAUCCACCGUCCAGCUCUCGCAUUCACAACCGUUAACCCACAAUUCCAGCUUUCGCUCAAAGCUUGCACUCGGGCAGCCUCAAAUCUAAUCCAGAUCAUCUUAAAUACCUUCAAAGGCUUCGACGCUCAGCUCGGGUUUGACCAGGCAAACCACCCUACAAACAAGCAUGUUGAGCCGUUGGUUAUCAUUCUACUAUAUCCAAUAGGCGCCCAUAUGGUCUGGCAAGCCGGCCUCACCAUUUUAUUCGCUCGUUGGAAUGGAUAUACCGUCCCCGACCCAUCUGUAAGCGAUGAGAGCACAGUCAGACAGUGUUCCGAGGCGCUAAGGAAGCUGGGCGGAUUUACAGACGACGCUGGGGGCAAUCUGAAGCAGUGUGCCGAUGUGCUCGACCUGCUAUGCCAAAAGACGUUCACAGGAGCAGAAGUCGCCAACUUGACAACGGAGCAGCUGCAGUGGAAUGUUUGGGAUUGGCCUAUGGCAUCUGCACUUGAGCUUGCUAAUACUCUUGAUGCAAUACCAUUUGAUCUGGAAUUUUCGACGUGGGAUCCCCAGUUGAAUGAUCCAAGGUAG